CUCCACGGUGGCUGCAUCAGCAUUAUCGUCAUCGCCAAGCAGCAAGCUCGCGCCUGUGGUGCCCGUGGCGCGUGCUCUGCGGUUGGCGUUGGCCUGUUCACCGGUGUCCGCAGGAAAACUGAUCCAGCUUUUACCCAACGCCAACUCCUGCAGGAUUGAAGGCCCUGCCUUUGCGUUGCUUGCGCCAGAGUAAAGGCAGGGCUGCUGUCAUCAAGGUGCAACAACCGUAGAGCACCUCGCCGAGCGCUCGCUGUAUCAUGAGCAGCAAUCAAGAUCCCACAGACACCGACGAACCUGCCGUGGACGAUCAGCUGCAGCCAUUGCCAGUUGUUCUCGAGUCCAAGCACGGCGAUUCUGGCGACAGCCAACCGACAGGGCAGCAGGGCGACAGCGGGGCGGCAGGCGAGCCUAGAGCGUCGCCUUCGACGUCAGCAGCUACUUGUGCACCUGGAGGCUCCGACGAGUUCGAAGGCAUUGAUGCGUCUAAGUCCUCCGGCUUAGAGCCCGGCACUGCCGAGGUGUCGACGCAGACCGACAAGACGCCUGUGUUCAUGCACCGUGCAAAUUGCACUUGUCGAGGAGGCAGAGGAUCGGAGCAGGAACUCGGUUCAAGCAAAGAAAAGAGUGGUGCCCGCAUGCGCGCUUCAACAGGAGGUCGCGCCACCAGUGGGAGCUCUACAAACUACUACUACCAGGCCCGCGGCACUCCGCACGUAUGCGGCAAUGGGGUCGAAACGCAUUCUGGAGGUGAAGGACGACAUUCGAGAGAACGUAGAUGGGGAUUGACCGGUUCGCAGUCGUUCCCCGGUGACCUUGAGGAAAGCCCACGCCGGUCGAUAGCUGAGCGCAAGCUCAGUGUGGAGGAAUCGCUGACCGAAGCACGAGAAGUCUUGCAAGAAAUUCUGCACGAAAUUCUGAACGAGGCACAAAAGCUUGCGCCAACCUCGUCCUUGAGCGGCAUCGUCCUUGAAGAAAAGUUGCCGGGGAG